CGAAAAAAGGAAAAAAAUCAAACCGGGAAUGUGACAGUUCUCGGCCUUUACGUAAAAUGUUUUUUCGUUCAUUUGUGUGCACAGUAGCGCGCAGCCACUACUGCAGCACGAGGCAUAUCAGAUUGGCUGUUGGGCGACAAUUUCUAAUUAGUUUAACAGCCAAAACUCUAACAAAAGCAGGCAUACAUAAUGUGACACGAAGAACUAUUUACACCUGUGAUGUGCUGUGCAAACGACGAAAAACCGGAGAUGAGAAGAAAUCCGAUCGCAUAAUAGAGUAUUCGCCGAAAAAGAAGAAAAGUGGCGCAAAAUUAGAAGGUGUAGUGGAUAUUUGGCGUCAUAUCUCUGUGCAAGAACUAGCAGAUUGUCUGCAACGUCCGUUAGAGGACAUCCAAGAGGUGAUGUUAUAUGUGAAGGGUGCAGACAACAUAGAACCACAAGCACGUCUGGACGAUCUCAAAAUCAUACAAGAAAUCGUUAAUAAAUGUGGUGUGAAGACACGUAUCGUUUCUGCACCAGAAGUAGAGUUGGAGGACUCAACCGAAUUGGGUAAACAUCACGACGUGUCGCCGCGUCCAACAGCUACACCGGAACUUUUAAAACCACGUCCGCCAGUAGUAACUGUUAUGGGGCAUGUCGAUCAUGGCAAGACAACACUCCUGGAUUCAUUACGUGGUGCUGCUGUGGCGGCUGGUGAAGCCGGUGGCAUAACGCAACACAUUGGUGCUUUCACAGUAAAAUUAAGUAAUGGUGAGCAAGUGACGUUCCUCGACACACCUGGUCAUGCUGCAUUCAGUGCAAUGCGUGCGCGUGGCGCACAUGUCACCGACUUAAUUGUGCUCGUGGUGGCUGCUGAGGAUGGUGUUAUGGCGCAAACGCGUGAAGUUAUUCAGUUGGCCUUGAAUGAGAAUGUACCUAUUAUUGUGGCCAUUAACAAAAUCGAUAAACCCGAAGCAGACAUCGAAAAAACCAAACGUGAUUUAAUGCAAAUGGGUUUGGUGCUGGAGGAGCAAGGUGGUGACAUACAAGCCAUACCAAUUUCAGCUUUAAAAGGCACUAACUUAGAACUCUUAACGGAGGCUGUGAGCACGCAAGCGACCAUUAUGGGUCUUAAAGCAGAUCCUACUGGUUUAAUUGAAGGCGUUGUCGUGGAAUCUAAGACCGAUCCACAUAGAGGCAAACUCUCUACCGCGAUUGUUACACGCGGCACUCUGCGGAAAGGUGCAGUACUUGUGAGCGGCCUGGCGCAUGCCAAAGUGCGUGGUCUCUUCGAUCAUAACGGCAAGCCUAUGACGCAAGCACCACCCGGUACACCAGUCGAAAUUUUAGGUUGGCGCGAACUGCCGCUAGCUGGUGAUAUUAUACUUGAAGUGGAAACCGAGAAAAAAGCGCAUUCCGUGUUGCGUUGGCGCGAACACGAAGCCAAACAUCACAAAGCCGAAGAGUCUGUUGAUGAAAUUCGCAAAAAAGAGGAAGAACAUCUGGCCAAAUACCGUGCUGAACGUGAUGCCCGUCGUUUGGCAGGCAAAUUCCGUAUGCGUUAUGGCCCACGCGAAAAAGAAAAUAUCGAGCAUGAUGAUGUACCCCGCGUUAGUAUUAUCAUCAAAGGUGAUGUGCAUGGCUCGUUGGAAGCGCUACUUGAUGUCUUCGACACCUACACCAGCAAUGAACGUUGUCGGCUCGAUGUUGUGCACUACGGUGUAGGAAAUGUCACGGAGGGUGAUAUUGAAUUGGCGAAAGCAUUCAAUGCUAUCGUCUAUGGAUUUUCAGUGCCUGCACCACCGAAUGCGCCCAAAGACGUGACAAUACGUUGUUACGAUGUCAUCUAUCGUCUCAUAGAUGAUCUGAAAAAAGAAAUUAGCGCUAAACUUCCAGCAAUGGAAGUGGAAGAGGUGGUGGGCGAGGCGAAUGUGUUGCAGCAAUUCUUCAUCAACGAGGGACGCAAAGAAGUGCCUGUUGCGGGUUGUCGUUGUGUUAAGGGUAUGCUGAAGAAGGCACACAAAUUCCGUUUAGUACGUGAUGAUGAGGUUUUAUAUGAGGGUCACUUAGAGUCUAUGCGUCAUUUGAAAAAUGAAGUGGAUUCCAUUAAAAAGGAUGUGGAGUGUGGCUUACGUUUCAAGGAUACAAAAGUUGUGCCGCAAGCAGGUGAUACCAUUGUAUGCUACACAACACGCAUGGAAGAGCAGCAAACAGAUUGGGAUCCAGGAUUCUAAAGAAGUAGCAAAAACCAGAAGUUAGCAGACAAAUUUUGAAAAAGUAUGAGUGGAUUGAAUCGCAUUUCUCACCAUGCCAACCAACUCUGCCAUGUUAACACUAUUUUUUUUUUAGAAUGAAUUGUUAUAAGCUUUCCUAAUUUAAUAAUUUGUUAAGGAUACCAGUAAUUACAUGAAAGUUAUGAUGUUAAAAACAUAAAAACUGAAAUAAAUUAUUUUUCAAAUGGAAAACGAG